AUGGACUUGGCCCUGCGGGGCUUGCAGGCCGUCGCUCCGUGGGCCCCCCUCCUUUCAGUUGCACGCUGUUCCGACUGCCAUUGCAUCGCGGAUUGCCAGGUCAGCAGCGACAUCGUGAGUCUGCUGGGACGUCAGCUGGAGCGCUGCGGUCCAGAGCAGCUCAAUUGCCCUGCGUGCCCGAACUGUCCGUUGCCUCAGUGCCCCGAACCGUCGUUCGCGCUGGGCACCUUCAUUGCGGGGCUGCUCGCAGGUGCGCUCUCGGCAGCGACAGCCGGGUUCUUGUGGAAGAGGGCCUCGCCAGAACGCACGCUGCGCUGCCUGCAGAGCCUGCAGGUGGGGUCGAGGGCCCUCGCCUACUACGAUCCGCGCGAUGACUACUGGCAUGAGAGGAUCAUGCUGGCGCACAUUCAGGACUUCCGCUUCGUGGUGCUCACCGCGCACUGGGACAUCUAUGAUGAGGAUAUGUCCCAGGCGCUCCGCCUGCUGCCGCUGGGUCCUCGGGGCGGCCUUCCCGUGCCGAGGCCACAGGGGCAGAUCUUGCGGGUGGACAACGCUCGCCUCAGCGCCGAGUUGCAGCAGCUGUGCGACGAGGCGGCGCAGAUGGCAUUGGACAUCCGCGAGGAGGAGGGCUUGCCGGCCCCAGCGGCGCACCAGGGGGUGCUCGCCGACGGCGAGGCGGAGGCGCUUGCCGAGGUGCCUGCCCCUGCGGCGCUGGCGGCCGCCGCGAGGCCCGCCGGGCCAGCGGCUGGAGGCGCGGCUGCGGCCGGCGCUCUGGCGGCGGCGCCGGCCGCGCCGCUUAGGGCACCCGCGGCAGGCGCUCUCCUCGCCCCAGCACCGCCGCGGCCCGCAGCGCCGCCAGCAGACGCGGUCUGGCUCGCGGCGGAGACGCGUGGGGCCUUCACGGUCGGGGCCCCUAUCCCGCCUGAGCUCCUGGGAGCUCAUGGCCAGCCGCAGGUCGUGCUGGGCGAUCGCGGGGUCGUGGUGCUGGCGUCGGGCGUCUCGCUUGCGGUCGCAGUGGCCAACACCCUGGAGGCAGGGGCGGCAGCGCUCUCCAGCAGUGGGGGAGACCUUCGCACGCUGCCGGUGCUCUACUCGCCAGCUGGUGGCCGCUCCAGGUCCUUCCACGACGCCGUGGCCAAGAUGUCCACCACGCCCUUCCCAGACUGGCGCAUCAAGGGGCCGAGGACCGCGGCCUGGCUGCUCGAGAAGAUCUCGGAGGCGGGCUACACGCCGCUGCAGAGGCACUUCUGGUGGAGGUCGAUCCAGGGGCUCACAGCUUCCGACUCGGGCGUGGACGACCACCACUUCAUCUCCGAGGUGCUCAAGGAGCUCACCACCUACGACCAGCUCAACGCUGGCGAGCUGGUGGUGGUGGAGAUCCUCUGCCGCCGCUACCAGCUCUGGGAGGAGCUGUGCGCCUGCGCGAGGCCGAGGCUGCGAUCCAUCUUCCUCGGGAAGGACAGGAGCCGCGGCUCGGCGCUUGUCUGCCCCGCCUUGGAGAGCUGGGUGGCUGAGAAGCUCCGAGAGGAAAGUGCCAUCCUCAAGGAGCGCAGGAAGGGGCGAGAAGAAAGGCUGCUGGAGCGCGGCGCGCCCCCUCGCGCCGGGGGCGCCCCCGGCCUCGGCGCGAGUUUGCAGGGGGGGCGAGGCGUGCUGAACGACGAUGCCACCUCGCUGGGUUUUGGCGAUGACAGUCUCGCGCAAAGGGACGCGCUGCCCAUCCCGCUCAGCUCGGAGGCGCUCCAGUGUUUGAAGGGGUUCUCGGCCCUCGACGGCGAGCUCUCGCUGGGGCAGCGGCGCAGGGCCGCGCGCUGCAGGCGCCAGGAACGCUGGAUGCUGGAAGGCGUCGCGGCGCUCAACGAGCUGGGUGGGGGUGGGCGGUUGGCUGGCAGCGGCGGGCGGCUUAGCUUGGCGCAGCGCUCCGCGUUGCAGCAUCUGGGUGAGGUCUACGCCGCGGUCCCGCCGAAGACUGAGGAUUGCACCAACCAGGAGGCGUUCAAGGCGCUUCUGGGGCUUCGACCUGGCUAUGCUGAUGAGCCAGCCAUCGGGGCGAGAGCCGGCUACCAGCGCGGGAGGGCCUCCCUUCUUUCUGGCGGUGCUGGGCGUGUCGAUCUUGUUCGGCUACUGCCCCCGCACCUGCAGUCGGCGCUGGAGUCCGGGCACGGGUUAUUGCGCUCGGAGCAGGAGGCUACUGCUGCUCUGGAGGAGGCUGACGUCACGUGUUACGUGGACGGCAAGCUGGCCCAACGGGGCAUUGACUACGGACGGUUCCUGCUCGAGCUUUACGAUGCAGGGAUCGUCGAAGUUUUGGACUAUGAGCUGGAUCGGAAGGAGGAGACUGGCGUCUUUUUUGUGCCUCGCAAAGAUGACAAGCUGAGGCUCAUCUUCGACGCCAGGAGGGCGAACUGUCACUUCAGGGCGCCCGAGUGCACGCACUUGGCCUCCGGCGACGCCACGCCCGGCGAGGAGGUGCACUUGGCUGCGGGUGACGUGGAGGUCUGCUUUUACCAGUGCGUGCUGCCCGCAUGGGCCAGGAACUACUUCUGCCUGCCGAGCCUGGCGACUCGCAUGCUGCCUGCCCGCCUGCGUGAGGCGCUGGGGCCUGAGCUUGCGGCGCGGCCCAGGAUAGCCUUCCGCGUGCGAGUCGUUCCCAUGGGAUGGAACUGGGCCGUCCACUUUGUGCAGUCUGCCCACCUGAACGUGCUGGCCUCGGUCUCUCCGAACAGCCAGUGGUUGGUGGACAAGCGGCCUGGGACGUGCCUCUCGGACAGCUCAGCUGCAGCCAAGGUCUUGUACAUAGACAACUUUGCGGCCAUCAGCACCAGUCGCGAGACAGCGUUGCAGGUUGUCAACGACAUGCUUGGCUCGUUCACCAGUGAGGGCGUCAGGGCGUCGCUUGACUUGGACGUCGUCCUCCUCGGCUUCACGCGUAUCACGGGGCGCCAGUUGGAGAGGCUCGUGGGGCACGUGGUCGCGCUGCUGCUGCUGCGGCGUGAGGCUCUCAGCCUCCUCAGUGCGGUCUACGUCUUCAUCCGCUCGACCUACGACAGGGCGCAUCCGCUGUGGCCCAGCUGCCGACGCGAGCUCAGGUGGGUGCUUGCGUUGUUGCCCACGGUGUUCGCCGACAUGAAGAGGCCUUGGCACUCUGAGGUAGGUGCCUUUGACGCGUCGCCUUGGGGCGCGGGAGUCUGCGCUGCGCGCUGGCCUUUGAGCGCGGUGCAGGCCGCUGGCGGGCAGCCGGAGAAGCUGCGCUUUCGCGGGCCCCUCGCCUCACUGGUGGCGCCGCGGGACGCUGCUCUGGCCGCCGACAGCAUCGAGCUCUCUGACCCAGCCGCACUCCUGCUCGGGCGCGCGGCGGGUUUCGCCGAGGUGAGCGCAGAGCUGCUGCGUGAGGAGGUCCGCACGCUCCAGGCAGCUCCGCCGUUCGGCCAGCCAAGCCUGCCCGAGGAGCGGGCCCGCUUGCUGCCCCGCCAGGGCUUUCUGGCAGCCAACAAGGUGCGGCCGUCCACUCAGGUGCUCUACCUGAAGGUGUUGCGGCUGCUGGCAGGCUGGCUCAUGGUGGACGCCCUGCCCGACUGGCCCGUGGCUGCUUGGGACGCAGCGCUGGCCGACUUCCUGCUGUGGGCCUUCGACCAGGGAGUGGCGCGGGCGACGGCUGCAAGGCUUGGCGCCGCGGUGCUGUGGGGGCUCCCGCAGCUCCACGUGGCGCCCUUGCAGAGAUGCUUCCCGCAGCUCGCGCACUCGCUGGCGGGUUGGAAGCGCCUGCAUCCGCCAGGCUCGCGCCCGCCUCUUCCAGAGCUUGUGGUUCGCGCAGCGGCAGCUUGGCUUGGGCACCAGGGCGAGUUUGCGACCGCCUUGUGCGUCAUGCUGAUGUUCGAGGGCUACCUGAGACCCUCGGAGGCGCUGGCGCUGCGGGCCGCCCAGCUCACCGGCCCUUUCGGCUCGGCCACCAGCGCGGGCUCACACAUGUCAGUAGUGGUGCAUGCUGCAGAGUUGCAGCAACCGGGCAAGACAGGCGAGAUGGACCAUACCGUUGUGCUCGACCUCCCGCGCCAGCAGGUCCUGGCUUGGGCCUUGGCGCGCCUACGCGACUCCCGCCUGGGCUCCUGGCACCCGCUGUGGGACUUCGACUACAACCUCCUCCAGCGGCGGUUUGGCCAGGCGCUCGAGGCUGUGGGGGCCAGCUGUUUAGCAGGCACGCUCUACAGCCUCAGGCACGGCGGCGCCAGCCACGACCGCCUGACGGCCAGCCGCGCGCUAAUGGAGGUGCAGCAGCGAGGAAACUGGCGCGCCUUCAACAGCGUGCGGCGCUACGACAAGCACGGGCGAGUGUCGAUCGAGUGGAUGAAGAUUCCAGCCCACCAGCGGCAGGAGAUCGAACGUUUGGCCGCUGGACUCGACGCCGCCUUCAAGCUGUACUCGCCUCAGCG